CGAUCGUAUCGUUAUAUCAUAUCUACUUUGUUGUACCGCAUCAAAAAGCAGUGUCUGUUCCCCCUAGCUCAUUAUGAUCCGUCCAUCUACUGCCCGUCAGGCCGCCGUUGCCGGUCGUCGUUUCGUGUCGACCGCCGCCACUGGUCAAACCAAGUACACAACCUUGUCCAACGGUAUCACCGUUGCCUCUGAGGCUAACCCUAAUGCUACCUCUGCCACCGUUGGUGUUUGGAUUGGAGGUGGUUCCAGAGCCGAACACCCUUACAACAACGGUGUUGCCGCCUUGACCACAAAUGCCCUUGCCUCCCAACUGGGCUCCGGUAUCUUGCUUUCCGCUGAAAACACCAAGGAAACUAACGCUGUCAUUGCUCAAUCUACCAACGAAAAUGUUGCUGAAGCUGCCAAGUUGAUCUCUCAAAUUGUUUCUUCUCCUCAAGCCACUUUGGAAAAGGUUGACUUUGCUCAAUACAAGCAACAAUUGUUGGCUCAAGCCAAUGCUCUUGAAGCUGACCCAGCUGCCAAGGUUGCCGAACAUUUGAAUGCUUCUGCCUUCCAAGGUUACUCCUUAGGUUUACCAACUCAUGGUACCGUCGACUCCAUCAAGGACAUAGAAUUGCAAGACUCCUUGCGUUUUGCUGAAAAGCAAAUUGUUGGUGCCAACACCGUUGUUGCUGCUUCUGGUAACUUUGACCACGAUGCUCUUGUUGCCGCUGUAGAAAAGAACUUGACCUUGACCAAGGGUUUCAAGCCAGCCACUAAGCCAGCUUCUUUCUUGGGCUCUGAAGUCAGAAUGAGAGAUGACACCUUGCCAAAGGCUUGGGUUUCCAUUGCCGCUCAAGGUGAAGGUAUCAACUCCCCAGCUUACUACGUGGCCAAGGUUGCCGCUGCUGUCUCUGGUAACUUCUACGACAAGUCUGCCAUUGCCAAGUUCACCAGUUCCAAGCUCUCCUCCAUUGUUCAAGAGUACCACAUUGUUGACAAGUAUUCACACUUUUCCAAGUCUUACUCUGACACUGGUUUGUGGGGUUUCAAUGCUGAAAUCUCCAACAUUUACCAAAUUGAUGACUUUGUUCACUUCACCUUGAAGGAAUGGAACAGAUUGUCUAUUUCUGUCACCGACGCUGAAGUUGCCCGUGCCAAGGCUGCUGUCAAGACCCAAUUGUUGAAGGACUUGUCCUCUCCAUUGGCUAUUGCAUCUGACAUUGGUGGAAAGCUCUUGUUGGCCGGCUACAGAGCCUCUGCUCAAGAAGCUUUGCAAAAGAUCGACGCCAUCAGCACCAAGGAUGUCAAGGCCUGGGCCCAAGCCUCCUUGUGGGACCAAGACAUUGUGAUCUCUGGUACCGGUCAAAUCGAAGGUUUACUCGAUUACAUGCGUUCCAGAAACGACAUGGCCAUGAUGAGAUGGUAAUAGAGUUCCGCUUUUCUGCUGCCCCCAACAAAAAUUCAACCCCACCACAUACAAACAGUUGCAUAUUGGUUAUAAGAAGAAUCCUGAAUUAUUUAGAGAAGAGCUAUCUAAGCCGAGAUGUUUAUUGUUAUAAUUGAUACAAAGAAAGAGAAA